AGUCGUGUUAAACUGUUAAAAACUGAGAAGUUUACAAAAACUUAUCAUAAAACCAGCGCUCAGCUUAUUAAUUACGCAUUAAUCAAAAUCGAGAAAAAGCUGCAAAUAAAACUUGAAUGCACGAGUAUUUUCAAAACGGAUCAAACGUUUCAAGAGUUUCCAGCAAAUAAUACAACUUUAAUACCACCCGUCGACUUUUAGACAUUUUUCAAAGCCUUUAUUUUAUUUUUGCCUUUACUAUGGACGCAGACGCUGCCAUCUCUCGGAUUAUGGAAGGCGUCUACAUCAGUGGGGCCAAGGGCGCCACUGACCAUCCUUUUGUUCUGUCCAAAGAAAUCAAAAUAAUCCUCACUUUUUGGGACAAACAGCCGCCUCUAGUCACUCUCCCAUUCUACCACGAUGUCGACGUUUUCACCUUCAAACCCAAACUACCCUUGGCCAACAAAGGGUCCAUUGUCAAAUACGCAGACAUUGUCCACGACAAAAUCAUACAUGCAACUAAGGUUCAAAGAGGUUCAGUUUUGAUGUGUUGCGAACACGGCAACAACUAUUCAGCAGCAUUCGCAAUAGCAUUUAUAAUGAAGCUGAAAAACUGGCAUUUUGAGGAGGCGAAAAAAUUUGUCAAAGAUCGUAGACGGGUAGUGCGAUUGUCACAUGUUAUGAAGGAAAGUUUGAUGCAGUAUGAACAAAUAUUGUUCCCUCCUCCGCCCGAAGUUGCAGUUAAGGAAAUUAUAUCACAAAAAACUGAAAAACUUGAUGACUCUGAUAGCAAUUGACUGAAUAUC